AUUAAGUAUUAACCACGAGGACGACAAUUAUUUGUAUUGCUCAAUGAACGCAGUCGUUCUUGUACGCACAAGUAACGAAUCAAGCCAAUCUACAAUAUCUUUAAGUCCUUAAUUAUUAUACAAUCAUGUCAUUAUUUAUAUUAAACCACGACACGAAUUUCGAACACAUAAUUGGUGUGCUAUUCAACAAUUGGACCGCACUCAAAUUGGCUGUUGAACACGGUAUGGGAGGUUCAUCUGAAGUAAUGCAAUUUAAAAUUAGCGACUUAAUUAAGAACAUACAUGAGUGUCUUCGGAAGUCUGGUGAUAACAUGUGUUGGACAAGUAUAUCUGACAUUAUUGAAGACGUAAUGGAUGUUGGAUUUGAUGUUGUACUUGAAGAUGCGUCUGCUGAUGACUUAAGUAAACAUAUUUGUGACCUCUAUUGUGAUUGGAAUCAGUCAUUAGAUGGCCGAAAUAAAGUUAUAGAUGAACUUAAAAAUUUACCUACAGUAAUUCCUAUACAAAUUAUUCCAGUUAGACCUAUACGUGAAAAACAAAAGAAGGAUGAUUCAUCGUCUAGUGAAGAGUCUGAAGCCUGUGAAGAUGGAUGGACAGUGGUGAAACACAAAUAAGACUUACCAGAAAUAUGUUUUAUUUUGUUCUUUUAUGUAUGAAAUAAUAAUGAUUUUUAUUAGGUAAUGGGCUGUUGUAAUGUACUGUUAUUUGUAACAAAACAUUUAAUUUUCAUAUGAGUAUACUAACUAUAGUGUUUAUAAACUCAUUUAUGUUAUAAUUCCUAUCUUUAUGAAUGUAUAUCAUU